UCAUUAGUUCGUACAUUCUACUCAAAAACACAAGAAAAAUAUUAAUUUUUUACCAAUUUAAACAGUGAUAAUUAAGUUUUAAGUUAAUUUAAGAAGUAAUUUAAUUAGUUUUUAGCGCCGCAUCACGCAUUAUAUUAAGGAAACGCCGUCAAAGUGACACAAAAAAGACGUAAAAAGAAAUUUUUUUAAAAAAAUUUGGGUGCUGAUGAUUUUUGACAGAAAUAUUGCAUCAGACACGAAUUUCGACGCAUAAGGAAGUCGUCUCUCACAGCUCGUUUUUGCUCCGAAUCCCUAAAAAAAUGAUGAAUUUUUGAUUUUUUUCUCACAAUUUUCGUCAAAUUUGAUGUUCGUUACUUACGAAAAUUAAAAAAAACCUGAAAAAUGAACGCUCGUUCGCAGAUUUUCGAGCUCACAAUGGAGAGUUGUCAGGUAGAUGAGGCCGUUGCGAGUAUCUUCCACACGGUAUUGUUCCAUCGGAGUCUCGGCAAGUUCAUGUACACGGGCGAGGCGAGUUAUUCCGUCAGCACGAUCGGUUAUGCGGAUGUCGAUUGCGAUUACAUUGACUUUACGUACGUUUGUUGCACCUCCGAUGCGCUGGAUCGCACCAUAAAACGCGAAAUUAACACGUUCAGCGAGCAAUUGCGCAGCAGCGAAAGUUCGGGCAGCGGACAAAUUAGCCUAGAAUUUUUCCAGAAGAAGAAAAGUCGCUGGCCGUUUCAGCAGGAAUCGAUUCCGUGGGAAGUUUGGACAAUUCGGCUCGAACUGAUCAAUUUGGGGACGGAGGAUGAGCGUCAAAUGUGCCGCGAACGCGUUGGCGACAUGCUCGCUGACAAGGUGCUUUAUAUCGCCGAAGUGAUGAAUCGCCAUGAUUAUGUGCCCAAAAUGCCGAAUCAGUCGGAACUGGAUUUGAUUUUUGACACGACGUACGAGGAUGUGCAGCCGUAUUUGUUUAAAUGCAAGUUCAAUACGACGAGCGCUACGACGCCAUCUGUCAGCAAUACGAUGAAGAAGCUGAUCAAGGAUACGCUCUCGUUGUGACUAGUUUUACUGCUCGUUUGUGGUCAGGUACGAAUUCAACUUCUAAAUUUGCUCGAAAGAAAAAAUAUAAAUGUGAAAAUCUAGAGAAAUAGUCGCUUUGUUUAAUUGAUGUCUCCCCAUUUUUCCCCCUUUUUCCGCAAUAAAACGAACGUGCGAUCACAGAAUUUGAAUUGAAAUGCAAAUAAAUGUCUUAAAUUUUUAUAGUUUUAAUUUCGCAAAUUAAAUUUAUUAUUUUUAAAAAGGUAGCUUUUAAGUUUCCAGUCAGUCAAUGGAAUGUGUAAAUGAAAGAAAAUUUGUAAAUUGUAAAAAAAAAAUAUAAAAAUACCGAGUAUGAGUGAUGCAAAAAUCCAAAAUUUGUUUAAAAUUUAAAAAACAAAUCUUAAAAAAAAAUUCAAAAAUAAAAAAAUGUUUUAAAAAUAAAAAA